AUGAAAAGGCCAUCAGGUAUACUUGAUGAUGUGCUGGUGCAACUUGGAAAGUUCGUGUUUCCGGCAGAUUUUGUCAUUCUGGACUGCCGGGUUGAUGGGGAGAUUCCCAUAAUUUUGGGAAGGCCAUUCUUGGCCACUAGGAGAGCUCUAAUUGAUUGUGAAACUGGGGAGCUAAAUAUAAGACUGAACAAUAAAGAGAUAACAUUCAAUGUGCAGAAAUCUAUGCGGCGACCCAGCGAGGUAGCUUUUGAGGAAUUGAAGAAGAGGCUGGUGUUAGCACCUAUCAUAGUUGCAUCCGACUGGGAGAAACCAUUUGAGCUGAUGUGUGAUACAAGCGACUACGCGGUAGGAGCAGUCCUUGGGUACCUAAUUGAGAAGAAGGAAUCAAAGACGCGCCUAAUUCGAUGGGUGCUACUGCUGCAAGAAUUUGACUUGGAAAUCCGUGACCGAAAGGGAACGGAAAACCAAGUGGUUGAUCACUUGUCUAGGCUGGAAGGAAGAAGGCUGAGACAGAAUAGAUUGUGGAGACUUUCCCGGAUGAACAACUGUUGGCUAUGA